AGCCGGUGCCUGAGCGGGAACUGCGGGUCGCUGCCGCCCGCGAGGGGCGCCGCGCCCUGAGCGCUUGCUUCCCUCGUCGCCCAUCUGCCAGUCCUGGCCGCGAUGGAAGCGCCGCCUGCGGCCCGCGUUUCCGCCGAUGGCGCCCCUACGGCAGCUGUGGCCGAGGUGCGCUGCCCGGGCACCGCGCCGCUGCGUCUGCUUGAGUGGAGGGUGGCGGCGGGCGCGGCCGUACGCAUCGGCUCGGUGCUAGCAGUGUACGAGGCCGCCGCCUCCGUGCAGCCCGCCGGGCCCGCCCCAACCCGUGCUGCCUCCGGGGGCUGCGGGCGCUCCGCGCGGACCGAGCGAAGGCUCCGGUCGGAACGCGCCGGCGUGGUGCGAGAACUGUGCGCGCAGCCGGGCCAGGUGGUGGCCCCCGGAGCCCUUCUGGUGAGAUUGGAAGGAUGUAGCCACCCAGUUGUGAUGAAGGGCCUUUGUGCUGAAUGUGGCCAGGACUUAACCCAACUGCAGAGUAAGAAUGGGAAGCAGCAGAUGCCGCUGUCCACAGCGACUGUGUCCAUGGUCCACAGUGUGCCAGAGUUAAUGGUGAGCUCUGAGCAAGCUGAAAAACUUGGAAAGGAAGAUCAGCAACGACUACAUCGAAACAGAAAACUAGUCCUCAUGGUUGAUUUGGACCAGACUCUAAUCCACACAACAGAGCAGCACUGUCCACAGAUGUCAAACAAAGGCAUCUUUCACUUCCAGCUGGGCCGGGGUGAGCCGAUGCUGCACACCCGCCUGCGUCCUCACUGCAAGGACUUUUUAGAGAAGAUUGCCAAACUGUAUGAGCUGCAUGUCUUCACUUUUGGCAGCCGGCUGUAUGCACAUACCAUCGCAGGCUUUUUAGACCCUGAAAAGAAGCUUUUUUCUCAUCGAAUAUUAUCACGGGAUGAAUGUAUUGACCCGUUUUCUAAAACAGGAAACCUUAAAAAUCUCUUUCCUUGUGGAGACUCAAUGGUUUGCAUUAUUGAUGACCGAGAGGAUGUCUGGAAGUUUGCCCCCAACCUAAUAACUGUGAAGAAAUAUGUGUACUUCCCAGGCACAGGUGAUAUGAACGCACCCCCUGGGUCCCGGGAAUCUCAGAUGAGAAAGAAAGUAAAUCAUUCUUCUAAAGAUGCCGAUGUCUUGGAACAAGUUCCAUCUGUGAAAGACCCCGAGGAAGGCAGACACAUUCCUGGGGUGGAGCAGAACAAUGGCCUUGGGAAACCCACUCGGGAACUAAAUGGUGGUGAGGUUGUGCCAGGGGCUUCUGAUAAGGCGGAUGAGAGGGACUCCUGGCCCCCUGCCCGGGCCCCCUCCUCCAUCAGCCCCAGCAGUUGUGUGCUGGCAGAUAUUCCCGAGUCCCAGGCGACUUGUGAACAGGGUGGUGAGAGCUCACCAGGGGCACAGCCCCCUCAGGGGACCUCUGGCACAGAUUUGGAUUUCGACUUGUCCAGUGACAGUGAGAGUAGUGAGUCAGAAGGUCAGAAGUCCUCUUCCACCUCUGAUGGGGAGAGUAAGGAGAAGAGAGCCCGGGAGAAGGCUCCAGCCACCCCAGAUGGGACAAGAAUACCUCAGCAGGGAGGCACCCCUGAUAUGAGCAGAGGAAAACUUGCAGGAGCUGGGCCCCUCGGAGAGUCUGGGGCUGGAGUCCCUGCGCACGACAAAGGGCCAGACCUGGACGUGCAGGAGGAGGGUGAGCGGGAUGGCCUCUGUGGCCUGGGCAACGGCUGUGUGGACAAGAAGGAGGCCGAGACGGAGUCACAGAACAGUGAGCAGUCAGGCAUCACUGCAGGCGAGUCCUUGGACCAGAGCGUAGAGGAGGAAGAGGAGGACACAGACGACGAUGACCACCUGGUACACCUUGAGGAGAUCCUCGUGCGUGUGCACACUGAUUAUUACACAAAAUAUGACAGGUACCUCAACAAGGAGCUCGAGGAAGCUCCCGAUAUACGGAAGAUAGUUCCUGAGCUCAAGAGUAAGGUGCUGGCAGGCGUGACUGUGAUAUUCAGUGGCCUACACCCAACGAACUUCCCAGUAGAGAAGACUCGGGAGCACUACCAUGCCACAGCCCUAGGUGCCAAGGUCCUGACCCAACUGGUGCUGAGCCCUGAUGCCCCUGACAGGGCUACCCACGUGAUCGCAGCACGGGCUGGCACAGAGAAGGUGCGCCAGGCACAGGAGUGCAGGCACUUGCAUGUGGUCAGCCCCGACUGGCUGUGGAGCUGCCUGGAGCGCUGGGACAAGGUGGAGGAGCAGCUCUUCCCCCUCACUGAUGACGACACCCGGGCACACAGGGAGAACAGCCCAGCAGCUUUUCCUGACAGGCAGAACGUGAUUCCAACAGCCUUACUCCACCCGACACCCAUCCAUCCCAAGGCCCAGCCUGGCCCUGAGGUCCGAAUCUAUGAUUCCAACACUGGAAAGCUCAUCAGAAUGGGUGUGCCAGGGCCCCCCAGUUCCCUGUCUGUCCACAGGGAGCCCACCUCCUUCAGAGCUGUUCUGCCACAUCAGCAGCAGAUGUUUGGUGAAGAGCUCCCCGAUGCUCGAGAUGGAGAGCAGCCUGGCCCUGCCAGAAGAAAGCGCCAGCCCAGUAUGUCAGAGACAAUGCCGCUGUAUACUCUUUGUAAGGAAGACUUAGAGAGUAUGGACAAAGAGGUUGAUGACAUCCUUGGAGAAGGCAGUGAUGACAGCGACAGCGAGAAGAAGAAGCCAGAAGAACAGGACGAUGAGCAGGAAAGGGCACCUCGGCCCAGGAAGCCCAAGGCACCAGGGCCCCACAGGGAACAACCUCUUGGGUCUUGCUCAUCCAGUGAGAGGAGUGCUGCAGGCAUCCGUGGUACCAGAGGCCACAAAAGGAAGUUGAAUGACGAGGAUGCUGCCAGUGAGUCCAGCAAGGAGUCCAGCAACGAAGACGAGGGCAGCAGCUCUGAGGCAGACGAGAUGGCAGCAGCACUGGAGGCUGAGCUGAAUGACCUUAUGUGACUUUGGGCCCUCUUUACAUGCCCUGUGCCAGCCCUCAUUCCCCUUUCUCCACAAAGACUUGUAUUUUCUAGAGCUCCACAUACAGAAACACAUUAUUUUGCAGAAACAGGUGUUUUUAAGAGGUUUUACUAAGGAAUGUCUACUUUUUUAAGUGACAAAGUGUUAUGGGAAUUGGUGUGCUAUGCCAAAGAGCUCAGCAGAGCCUUGCAUGUAAUUGAGACUGGAUAUUUGUGGUUUCUUGUCACAUAGUAAGGGUUAUUUUCCUUUGGGGGAUCCCUUUAAAUACUACAGUAUAUUAUUUAGGGUGAAGACUCUGGAAGAGCCAAGAAGACUUAAAGAAUGUUAUAGCAAGAACCUGGCAUCUUGUCUUGCUUUCUCACAGCUGAAGCUGAAGUUCUGAAGGAUUUUUAAAUGAAACAGCAAUGUACAUGUGUAUAGAACAGCAAGAGCUACAGACAGCCUACAAGCCCCCAGCUGAUUCCAUGUCCCUCAGAGGACCUUCGGGUGACCUGCGGCCUCCAGCAUGGGUCCCUCUGCAACCUGGGCUGCCAGCGGCCAUAUCCUCCCACCAUGGGGAUGUUGAUGAAGGGGGCUUCCCUUUUCUUGGGUGGCCUUAUACUUCUUUGAGAGAUCUGCUGUAAAGUUUUUGUAUAUCUAUUUCAUAUUUGACCUAUAAAACAGUUUUCUUUCAUUUAAUAAAAGUCCCUUUGUAUGUUC